UUUAACACAUUAUGCUGAAUUGACGGAAUUUAGUGUGGCAAAAUUAUUUUCUUUUUUUUAAAAUUUUCUUUCUAAAGCAUCUGUUAUAAAAGUCUGUCUGAAAUUUAACAAGAGAAGUUUUUUAUUUCCUUUUUUAUUAACUGUUUUUGUUUUGGUUUGUGUGAUUGUGCAAUACUUUGUGGCGAUGAUGGCCAGCUAUUAUUGUUCUUAUCGUCCUCAUUAAACCUUUCCUGCAUCACUAACCGUAAGCAGUCUCUGUAUGAUAGACACACGUUCAGCAUGUCGAGAAAUUCAACUGUUUUGAAGUCCAAAGAUGUUAAGCCACUGAUAGGUCUUUUCCACGCUGCUUUACUGGAGUCAUGGAUUUCCUGGGUAAGCAUUUGGAACACCAACAACGCGAAAACGGGUUGCGAUCGGAACAUGUCACAAUUCUCCUUACGUUGUUCGAAGGAAAGAAGCUUUCAAACAGCGAUUUUGUCAAAAUGUUCGAAACCAUUCGAGCUAUAUCAAACACUGAAGUCGGUCUUACGUAUAUGGUAUCGAACAAUUACGAGGAAGCAAUUUUGAAACGUGGCAUGGUCAUUUUGAAAGACGAAAUUAAAGAAAAACCGGGUCAUGCUUUUCUUGUAAAAUUGGGCGAAGUCUGGACGAGUUUUUAUCAGAAUAUAUUACCAACCUUACAGGCGCUGUUUUGUUCGAUUCCAACACAUCGGUUGACUGUAAAGCAAAUGACGAUGUUAAGCUUUCGUGAUAUUGUUUUGCUUAAAGUGAAAGUGGAUGAAGCACUCAGCGCGAAUGAAUCAUCUGUUCCGAAGCCUGUCAAACAAAUGUUUUGUGUCCUAUUACAGGCUGUGCAUGACAAUACAGAGAAUUAUUUCAAGCUUGAGGCAUUAGCUGCCCGUGUUAUCAAUCCAUUGCUUGGUCUGAAGGGUUUAUACAUACGUUCGGAAGUGAAGGAACACCACGAAAAUAAACUAGAUCGCUUUUCAGCUGCACCGACACAAAAUUAUGCUCCGAGUGAAUACAGCCCGGAGUUGACUGCCAAAUCCAGUACGAAUAACGUUGAUGCUGAGUUUGAAGAAUUAAUGAACCUGAGAAGACAGAAGUACAAUCACUACGAUGGAGGACCUCAACGAUUAUCAUGUGUGGAGGAGAAAUCAGGAGAAAUUUCCGAGUCUCUAGCUAGCUUGCUUGCAGAUGGUUUUGAAAUAGGCUAAAAGUCCUACGGUAUGUUGACGUAUCGUUAUUUGAACUUGCCACCAGUCAUAAUGGCGGUAAAAGCUGUUGCAAUCAUUUUUGAACUGAGUCAGCCUGUGUUUAUAUUUAUGCCAAACAGGAGAUUUCGGGUUAUGACAAAUUAGCAUUGUCGACAUCAAUUGCUUUUUUGCAUUUUUUAACCAAAGUUUUAACUUACUACAUAUAACCCUAACGGUUUUUCGCAUUGUAAUUCCCCUUCUUUUUUAAUUCUGAUUUAUGUAUAUACUACGAUUGCAUAUAUUAUCAUUUUUUUACAAAUUUUGUUUUUUAAUUUUAAAUUUACUAUAAAUUAAAAAAACUAAUAUAUUAAUUUGAAAAGUGGAUUUUUAGUUAUAUAUAAAUUCAAAGAUUAUUUCUUUUA